CUCAGAGGUGUAGUUUAUAAAUGACAACGAAGACGUUAUAGUGUGACGAUCACGUAGUUAAUUCCGGUCAAACGAGAUGCGGAACGAUAUGGAGUCGUGUAUGGCGGCAACUUGCGCCUCGGGGCAAUCGACGCCAGCUUCCACUUUUACCAUGUUGAUACAAACGAUAAUAGCAUCCUAUUGUGCAUUAAAUGCGGAUAAAUAUCCCACGAAUCGAGCCGAAGAGAUCUUCGUUUCGAAGAGGAAGGAAUUCGAUUUUAUAAUUGUCGGAGCUGGGUCGGCAGGAUCUAUUCUGGCCAGCAGGUUAACGGAAGUAAAGGAUUGGGAUGUACUGUUGAUCGAAAGAGGGGAGGAUCCUUUACCUGAAACCUCUUCACCUGCCCUUUUCUUGAAUAACAUAGACGGACCGCAAAAUUAUCAUUACUUGACCGAAUACCAAAACAGUUCCUGCCUGGGCAGCGUCCACCAACGGUGCAAAUGGGCGAAGGGCAAGGCUCUUGGCGGAAGUUCGGUCACCAACGGCAUGUUGUACGUGAUCGGGAACGAGAAGGACUACAACGAUUGGGAAGAUCUGGGCAACGAGGGAUGGAACUUCGCGAGCGUGCUCCCCUACUUCACUAAGUCAACCAAUUGCUCGCCCUCGUACGUAUCCGAGCACGGCACCAAGUAUUGCGGGGACAACGGCCCGGCGAGAAUCAGACACUUCGAGCCCUCCCCGUCAGGGGUGCAAAAAAUCCUGAUGGACGGUUUCCGGGAGGCGGGCCACAAUAUUCUCGACGAAGUGAACGGUGAUCGUUGCGUCGGGUUCGGGAGGGCGAUGGGCACCGUGUACAACGGUCGUCGUGAGAACGCCGCGAUCGCGUUUCUCUCCCCCGUCAAGGGGAGGAAGAAUCUGAGCGUGAUGAAAUCGAGCGCGGUGGAGGGAAUAUUGUUCGAAGGGAGGCGUGCGAUCGGUGUCCGGGUUAGGUCGGAGCACGAUCGAAGCCUGGUCGCCGAGGUGAGAGCGAGGAAGGAGGUGAUCCUCUCCGCGGGUAGCCUCGCCACCCCCCAAUUGUUGAUGCUUUCGGGAAUCGGGCCCAGGGAACACCUAGAGAACAUGGGGAUACCUGUCCUGGUCGAUCGGCCGGUUGGCACGAAUCUUCAAGACCACCUGUCGUGGACAGGAAUGUACAUAUCUUACGAGUCGCCCGCCUCGCCGCCCCCUCCCUCCCGAAACCGAUUGUUGAACUCGGUUUACGAGUACAUGGUGCACAAUACGGGCUCGUUGCGGGCGUACAGGAACGAUCUACUCGGCAACGUGAACGUGAACGACCCGGAUUCCGGGUAUCCGGACGUUCAAUUUUUGUUCGUCCCGUUCGAACGUCACGAGGGGGUUCAGUUGUCGGUCUUCCUGGCCGCGAUCGGUCUGCAGGAGGAGAUCGUCGAGAGGAUGGGGGAGGAGAUCGAGAGGACGAACGUGAUCGUCGUUCUCUCCACCUUGUUGAAACCGAAGGGUCGAGGGGUGGUCGAGUUGCGCGGCACGGAUCCGAGCCAGCCCGUGAAGAUAUACACGAAUUACUUGGUCGAGAUGGAGGAUACGAGGACGUUGGUGAAAAGCGUGGACAAGGUGAAGGCGAUUUUGGACACCGACACGUUGAGGAAGCACGGGAUGCGUUUCAACCGCCUGGACGUUCCCGGAUGUCGACGUUUCGAGCCCGACACGGAGCGAUAUUGGGAAUGCAGCGUGAGACACGUGUCCGUCUCGUAUUAUCACGCGUGUGGGACGACCAGGAUGGGGCCGGCCAACGACACCAGGACCGUGGUCGACUCGAGGCUGAAGGUGCACGGAGUCGACGGUUUGCGGGUGAUCGAUGGAUCGGUCAUUCCGGAAAUACCUGCCGCCAAUCCUAAUGCGGCGAUCAUGAUGAUCGCGGAGAAGGGAGCGGAUAUUGUUAAACGGGAUUGGGGCGCGAAGGCGCGUUGAUUAUAAGCGCGUUUCUGAUUUCUGCACGUGUGUGCGUAACAGGAUAAAUAAGUAAAAAUUGGACGAUUAAUGUAGUUAUGGAUACAGGGAUUGAAAUUUGUGGGAAUUGAUCGACGAUUAAAAUAUU